AUGUCGUUUCUCGAUGCGGUGAAUCAAACUAGCAAGACACCUGAGGGCAAAGGCCAGCAACUCAACGAGAUGUUUGCGGCCUUGACGCAUGCCGUAAACGUGUUUGAGAAACGAAGCCAGAUGGUAGGUACAGCACGGGAUUCGCAGGAACUGCGGUACAGUAUCGAUACGGAGUUUUUGCCGCGUUGUGAAACGUGUAGGGACGAGUUGGAACAAGUAACAGCGGGUCUCGAUCCUUAUAACAAGGUGACAAAAGAUCUAGCGAGCCUGAAAGAGUCUCUUCUCAAAGCGAGGCGACAUUACGAAAGCCUCAAAUUGAAGUAUCCGAUAAGGCGGCUCGAAUCAGGUGACUUGAAUAUCAAGGAAUCUCAGGUGCAAGAUUCGCCAGCAGGUUAUGUAUCGAUGCCCAUAGGGAGUAACGAAAACACACCGUUGCUCCAGGAUCGACAGCAGCAAGUGCAAGUGUCGGGGAAAGCAAAUGAAGUUUCGCAGGACGAACUCGAUUUUCAUAGCAUUGUUCAGGAGCAGAGAAACCAGGAGAUUUCGCGCAUACAUUCAGCGGUGCAGGAAGUGAACGCGAUCUUCAAGCAGCUGGGAUCCAUGGUGCGGGAGCAAGGCGAAGACGUCGACAAUAUUGAUAAUAACAUAAGCGGUCUUUCUGGGAACUUGCAGCGUGCUAAUGAACAGCUUUCGAAGGCAGACAAGUCCCAGAGGAACAAAAACAAAUGUGGCAUAGCGGUUUUAAUCAUAGUAGUGGUUGUAGUUUUAGUCGUGGCACUUGCUGCCUUGAGUUAG